AUGAAUCAAUUAUAAAAUAAGCUCAUUAUGCUCAUUUUAAUUUUGUUUGUUUAAACAACAUUUGGUGAAUAAAUACUUUUGUUGUAAACUGCUCUUUUUGAUUUUAAACUAACUGUAUAAAUUGGAAGUCCCCCAGUAGAUUAAUACUUAGAUCUUAAAAUUGGAGAUGAUUAGUAAAGUUUUCUUGAUCAGUUUAUUUUUGAUAGCUCUAUUGAAAUUAGCGAUGUCUCAUUUUACUUAGAAUAUUUGAAAAGACUAAAACUUUAUGACAUGAAAAAAAGCUCUUCUGCUGAUAUUAGUCCUUAAGUAAUAAAAUAACCUUCAUCAAAUACAAUAUCAGAUAAAUAUGUUGAAGGAAAUAUUGUCACUGAUGUACUUUAGGUUGGUAAUACUAAAUUCAAGUAUACAUUCCUGAGUGUCAGUAAAUAAUAAUACUUAUAAAACACAUAUUCAAAUGGAGAAACUAGAUUAAAUAGAUUUUAAGACAAUAUAUUUGAUUUAAUGUUUUCAUAGAAUGUAAUUAAAACAAGAGAUUAUUUAAUUUCACUGGAAUUAUAAUCUAUAGCCAAUGAUAAUAAAUAACUUAAGAAGAUGAGUAUUAGAUAUGACUUAGAUUAAAAGUCUGAUAAUUAUAAAUAUCCGUCUAAUAUUAUGAUUAAAGGUAAUAUUUUUGCUAUUAAAGCAUAUGGAGUCUAUUUGAAUGGUGAAGAUGUAACAGAUAAAUUGAAGUUUCAUACAAUUAACUUUGAUAAUUUACAUGAAUACAUUACAAUCCCCUCUGAUCUAUAUGAAAUGAUCACUAGAGAUAGUGUAGUAAAUAAUAUCUUAAACAGAAUGAGAAUUGAUGAUUGCAAGGAUUGCAAGUGUUCAGAAAUAAAUUCAUUACCAAAAAUAAAAGUAGUUACAUAAGAGUAUAUCUUCGAAAUAACUCCAGAAAUGUAUACUUUUUAAAAUUAUAAUUUAAUUGGAUACUCAAAUAAGUAUCCUUGUGAUGUAUAGCUAUAAAGCUCUUCAGAAUUUUAAUUUACGCAGUAACUUUUAUCAAAUUUAAAAGUUCCGAUUAUGUAUUAGAAAGAAAUAAAUAGCUUAAAAUUAAUUGGUGCUCAAACAACUACUCAUGUGAAUAUAAAUGCAAUAAUGAUUGUAUUACCUUUGUUAAAUGGUACAAGUCUUGCCAUUUUAUUUUUAUUUGCCAUUUAAUUCCUAAAAAAGUACAGUUCAAUAAAAUAUGAGUUUUAUUACGAACUAAAACACAAAACUAUGUGA